AAAAAAUAGUAAAUUUGACAAAUGACAGGAAAAACAAAACCGUUUCCAUUUUAUAGAAAGAUAAAUUCAAAUUUAUCCAAUCUGGAUGGUAGUUCUGUGUAGUUUUGUCUCGUAUUAGGCUGGGGGGGUGAUAUUGUUAUAAAUUAAUAUUAAAUAAAAGUUAUAUUUCAAAAUGCAACCAGCAACAGAGGAGUCAGAUUGUCACACUCCCAAAAAACAAAUACUACAUUCCAUCAAAAUACCAGCUUCCCCAUAUAUGAAAAGAAUUGGCUUCGGAACAGGCAUUGCAGUCUACGAACUAGAACGUUCUCCAGCUUUCAACAAGUUUAGGUCACCAUGGGCAUUGAAAAAGUUACUGAAACGUACACGAAAGGAUACUGCUAAGAAUACUGAGCUCCAAAAACGUUUAAACUACGAAGCCGAAAUAUUGCGUAAACUAGACCAUCCCAACAUUGUCGGAUUCAGGGCCUUUGUAGAAAAAAAAGAUGGGAACAUCUUGGCCAUGGAGGAAUGCAGUUUCUGCUUGGGGGACUUAAUUGAAAAGAGGCAAGAAGACGAAAAAGGGCCUUUCGAUGCAAAAAUUUUGAAGAAAGUUUGCUUGGAUGUUGCCAAAGCAAUAUCAUACCUGCACAACACUGCUUUACUAAUGCAUUGUGAUUUGAAAUCUUAUAAUGUCCUGAUAAAAAAUGAUUUUGAAAAAUGCAAACUUUGUGAUUUUGGUGUUUGCCUUCCUAUAACUGCAGACGGCAAUUUGGAUUUAAACAAAGCUCCAAGGGCUAAGUUCUGUGGAACCAAAUGUUGGUACGCACCAGAAGUAUUACGAGAUCCCCAAAUCAUUACAACAAAAGCUGAUAUUUAUAGCUUUGGUCUAAUGAUAUGGGAAAUGAUUGCCCUUUGUCCUCCCAUUUUUGAAGAUAUGAUUGAAGAUAUCAAGAAAACUUCAGAAAUGGAUGAAGAAAAAUUGGAUGAAUUACUGGCAAAAGAGGGUUUUCGAAAGAGGCCACCUAUACCAGCAGAUGUAGAUUUGGGUGAAGAAUAUAAACAUAUUCUGGAAAUCUAUUAUCGCUGCACUUGUGAAGACAUGAAAGAUAGACCAUUGGCCAGUGAUCUUGAGGUUAUUCUAAAUGAUAUUUUUUAUAAGAAAUAAUUAUAUUAUUUUAUAGUAAGGGAUAGAAAUUACAAGUUGUUUUUUGGUAGAAACAUCCUACUUUCAGAUUUAUUUAACAAAGUUACAGGCUGUAAAGAUUCAGGAUUCAAAUAUGUAAGAGCGCAUUGUACUUAAACUCAUGGGUUUGUUUUAAUUUAUUUAUAUCGAUUUGCACCGACCAUUUUAAAUGAAGUUCAAAGAUAAUCAACGCUAAAAAUCACAUUUUUACAUGUAAAAGCAUACAAAAAGGCGUUGAUUAUCAUUGAACUUCGGGCAGUGCAAACGGCCAUUAGGUAGGCAAAGCUUGCCUUAUUUUGCUGAAAUGGACAUAAAUUUACAGUUUUUAAUUUCAGGAAUUCGAUAUUGCAAGCAUUAUUUACAUAUUUCCUUUUUUUUUUUGUGGAGUUGACCUACCCAAUGGACAAGUCCUAGAACUUUGCUCUUCUUAUUCAAAAACACUGUAGCUGCAUACAUAAAAAUCCUAGUAAGGGAAUCAAAAUACAUAAUCAAAACCUGCUAAAAUUAAUUUCUAUAUCUAUAUAGAAAUGUAAACUCAGAAAGUAGGAUAUAGGUAUAAUUAAUAACUUUUUUUAACUUGCUAAAGUUUCGAUACAUGGGCACCAUUAUGACUGUCAUCUCGUUUCACAUUGUGACGUCAAUGUGACAAAAUUGUUGUUUCCCUGGCACAUUAAUAUCUGUUGUUUUAUUUGCUAAUUUCUUCCCCUAUUAAUGCCCGGUUUAUUCGUCUGUUAAUAGGCUUGCUGGAAACUGUCUAUAAGACAAAACUAGUUAUCCGGCCGACCAUUAGGAUUAUAGUUUGCGUUUUUAUUUUUUAGAAUGUGUUACCUGAUUUUAUUUUUAGAAGCUGAAUAAACCGGGCCUAGAUGAUUUUCUAUUUUAUAAGUAUUAUGUUUUUUGCUUAUUUCUUCUCCUACUAAGGCCCGGUUGCAUUUUUCCGUUUCCUAUAGUGCUAGCGCAACCGAGUGCGCUAAUCCUGUAGCAAACAGAUGCAAGACCUGUAAUUCCAUUCCCUAAGUGGUUUACGCACCUCACACAUUUAUUAAGCAUGGCUCUGCAUACCUGAAAAAGAAAUAUGUGCGUUUGAAUGAAUGAGUGAAUGAAUGAAUGAAUGAAUGAACUCUUUAUAAUGUAUAUAGAUAUUUUACUUCUUCGGUUGGUUUAUAUCUUACCUCAAUUAUUGUAUUUAAAUUUUCCUUCAACAGCGGAUCUCUAAGUUUUGUGUAUUUGUUAGAUUAUUUCAUUUUGACAAUCAAUUUAGCAGGGCAUCUCAAGUUUCUGGCAUGCGUGCUGUUGCUUUCUUGUUUCAUUUUUGCAGCUGUGUUGACAGACAAAAUCUUUUCUAAAUUGGAGUCUUUUCAAAUUAUUAUAGGUUUGAUGCACAAUUCAUUGUAGUUUGGUCACAGCAGAGAAUUUAUUGAUUCGAUUGAUACUCUGGCUAUUGCAGUCCUCAAUAGACAUUUUGGUUCUAACUAGUACCUCAUACUCGCUUUCAUUUGUCAUAUCGCAUUUCAGGAUUCGGCAGUCUUCAUCAAACUGCCCUAUGAUACCUUCCAUUGCGAUGAGGCUCAAGUAACACCCACUACUUAACCACAAUAAACAAACAGAUUACCGUAUUAAUCAGCUGAUGGCUUGAAGAUGCGCAUAAGGUGCGUUAACCACUUAGGGAAUGGAAUACAGGUCAUGCAUCCAUUUCCUACAGGAUUAGCGCACUCGGUUGUGCUAGCACUAUAGGAAAUGGAAAAAUGCGACCCAGUUCAUUCAUCUGUCGAUAAGCUUGCUGGAAACUGUCUAUAAGACAAAACUAGUUAUCUGGUCGACCAAUAGGAUUAUAGUUUGCGUUUUUAUUUUUUAGUAUGUAAUACCUGAUUUUAUUUUCAGAAGCUGAAUAAACCGGGCCUAGAUCAUAUUUUUUUAUGUUGUUUGACUAAGGGCGGGUAUUAUAAAACUAUUUUGACAGAUAACUAAAAGUUAACUUCUGGAAUGAUGUUACUUCUUAUAGUAAUUCCAAAAGUUAACUUUUAGUUAUCUGUCAAAAUAGUUUUAUAAUACCCGCCCUAGUGCAGUAUAUUGUAAGUAGGUUACUGUGAACUGUGUCCGUUUUGUUGAAUGUUUAUUAUUUUGUUUAUUGAUGUUUUUUUUUUGUUUUCACACAGUUCAAAAAAUGUAUGGAGUUAUAUAUUUUUUUGUAAUAAAUCUAUCAUUAUUAUCUCA